UUAGACAAGUAAUAAACAGGUACCCGUUUAUGACGUCAUUGUGCAGACGAAGUUGAAAAGGAACGCACGUUCAAAUAAAGUCGCACGUUUGUAGCACGUAAAUUGUCAGCUGAUUCACGUUACAUUUGGCGCAGCUGCCAUUGUUUGUUUGAAAUGUUGAGUAGCUGAUAAAGUUGUGGAAAACCAAGUAAAAACUUCCAAGUUAUCACAGUGGUAGACGCUUGCAACAGAUUGUGACCAAGUCGUUAUCAAGAUGGACAAGAUUGAUAACUUUCAUGAUAUCAUAUCCGACUUACCUGAAGGUUUUAAACCAAUCAGCCCAGAGCCUGAAAUUAAAGCUGAACCAAACAUUGAAUCUGAUAAACCCACUGAUUUGUCAUUGUAUCGUGACCGUGAUCAAUUUCAUAGUGAAAAAGGCUCACCUAAGAGAAAACAUGGUGACGAUGAUAAAGUAUUGAAUGAACUGGAUGAAAACUCGAACACAAUUAAUGAACUUGAUCCAAACUCAGUUUCAAUGAAGCAUAGUCCUGCAAAAAUUGUACGAGAAAAUGUUGAAGGUAACGCAUUCCCUUGUGAUUUUAAUAGUGCAUUUGACUUGCAUCAAAACAGUCAUAUAGAUGCUAAGACAUUUCCACCAAUGACAACAAAUAUGAACCAGUUGAAUGCAAUUCAGACUCCGACAACAAGUACUGUAGAAGAUCCAAAUUCCUCCAUAUCAAAUGAAGCAGAGGAUAUUGUAAGAAAGUUGUGCAAAAAUGGAAAAGUUAUGGAGUUUCAAGAAGGGGAAGAUUUUAUUAAAGUGAUUGUUUAUGAAGACUCAGAAGAAGAUUCUGAUAAAGAAAACAACCCAAGGCUUAUGAACAAACAAAGAGGAAAUAUACUAACACAACCUGGGAGCAGCACGGUAUCAGAACAGUCGUUCUGUCCUCCAGCACAGAUGAUGCUUCCUACAUCUGGACCCAGCAUGACUGGAUUACCUUUGGAGAAACAAUUGUUGCAUCAUACACCACAUCCAAGGAAUGGUUACAUGUUUUAUAAUCAUGAUGGAACGCCCACAUUGGCUGAUGAGUCUGUUCCUGGUAUGAAACCACGGAAAUCUGUACCAAGCACUUCCACCCCCUGUUCACAGAUGAAUUUUGGGCUUGGAACAACUCCUGUUUCUAGCAGAACUAAUAUACCAUUAAAUAGCAGUGGUGAAGAGAACACAAGCCCUGUUGAGACAAUGCAUACCCCAACAUCACAACAACUUCAGAACCGUGUGAGAUCACUCAUUAAUCUACCAUCAUAUCAGUUCAUUGAUGAUAAUGGCAAGAUAAGGGAGCAACAUAACCAAAAAGAAAGAAGGAGAAGAGCAAGAAUAAAGGAAGCUUGUAACUUGUUACGUCAACUGGUACCCGGCAUGUCAGAUAAAACAGAUAAAGCUACUGUGUUUGAGUUUGCAGCUAGAUAUGUGCACUUUCUCAAGUCUCAUACUGGUGCCCAGUUUGAUAAGGAUUUUCUGAUGAAAUAUUCCCCUUACUGAUUGACGGAGGUGUACAUUAUAAAACACCAGGAAAAAUACAGUCUACACAUAUUUCUGUGAAUGUUAUUGUAUUGUGCUUUUCAAUAUUCUACACAUAUUUUUUUUAAAUUUCAUUUGACGUUACUGUCUUUUAUGUAUUGGCACGGUUAAUGCAGCCUUUUGAAGUAGUUUUAUUUUGAAACACUUGCUUCCAGUGCAAUAGUACUAUCUUCAAUUUGUUGAAUUUGACAUUAUAUUUGUACUACGUCUUUAAAGGCCCAUUGAGCCUUAAAAAUGAUAACAUAAUUGUAAAAGCCUUUUUAUGACUUUUAAAGUCCAGUUAUGAUUACAAAAAUGGUUACUCAUUGGUCUAAUAGCUGAGUCUUGGCUUCUUCGUUGGAAGCCCAAAUACCAAUCUGUUCAAAUUUUGCUACUUUUAUCACAAGUUAUUUCACAUAUAGCACUAGUUUCUACCUGUUAUAAGCAGAAUAUAUUAUGUAAAUCCAUUAUUACAACAUUAUCAAACACAAGAUUCCUCUUUCUACACAAACAAACAAAUAUUCAUAUUAAGGCUGAAUGCCCCCUUUAAGAUGACUUAAAAUAGUACUUUUAAUUGCUUAAAAGGUAAAUUCAAGAUGUAUAUUUAGACAUUAAAUUUGUUUUUUUUAAGUCAAAUUAAAUAUGUUUAUCAUAGAUUAUAGAUAAAUCACUACAAUUUUUUCAAUUGUUGAUUUUUGUUUGUUUUUGUUAAUAGUAAUCUUUUAUGUUUUAUUAUAUUUUUUUUCACAAAUUUUGUUGUACAUUUUGAAUCUCAUUCUUUAUUAUUAUUUUUUUUUGUAAAACAGGUAUAUCUAAUACAUGUAUUGCUGAUAUAGUUGUAUAGUCUGAUUUUAUUGACCUGUCAAUUAUGAAUACAUUAUAGCACUCAUUUAAAUAUUCGAUCCCACUUCGGUUGUGUCCGUUUAUUUUACGAGAAUUAAUAUGGAGCAUAUAAAUAACGUUUGGAUAACUCCCACUAGCUUAAUAAAGGUUCUCGUAACAUCCGCAAUAACGCAGUCGGUUAAGUGAUUACCUAAUGCAUGAGAGGUCCGAGGUUUGAUCCCUUCUUUCGACAUUCUUUUUAGACUUAUUCUUUCUUUAUUUUUAAGAAAUUUUGUAUUAAAUGGUCAAGCGCCUGCAAAAUUUUUCUACACGGAUAUGAAAUACCUAAGAAACACUGAAUUGUCACAUUUUGUAUUGUAUUUUACGGUAUUUUACAUUACAAAUUACAUUUAUUGAUUUAAAUCUGACUGAAUUUUCAGAAUUAAUUCUAUUAUAACAAACAGUUAUAUAUAACAAUGUUAUAUACAAAAGUAUAGUAUUUACCAAAAAAAGAGCAAAACAUAUUAAAAACGGAACAACCAAAACUUCAAAAAUGUUGAAAAUAAUUAACCUGGACAUACCCUGUCUCGAUCUUACAACACGUUGGACAUUCAGAUAAAAUAUACCCGUAGUUCACCCUAUUGCGCUAUAACAGUCAGUGUAACUUAUUCAUCGAAACUAGAUAAGUUUAAUCACAUCUUACUCCGUACCUCUCACGGAAUUUACCGAACAUUUAUCGAAUAUUAAUAUAUUCUGUGAAUUGACCGUAUAAUCAGUAUGGAAUUGACAGGUUAAUAAAAUCAAACAAUACAUUGAAUACAAGAAGUAAUUGUAUGUAAAAUUCCAUUGCUUUCAUUUUGAUUGAAAGAGCUACAGUAUUACGCAUAUUCAAAAGCAUAUAAUUGUUAUAUCCAUUUUUUUUAUAACUGUCAAUGAUUUGACUAAAAGUUGCUGUAAAUUUGUUUUAAUGUAUAAUUACAUGUAUGUUAAAAAAUGUUUUUGUGCACAAUAUUGUGAAAAUGUUCUCUUUCUGCAAGCACAUUACUGUAGUUUCACCAAAAGUUAUACUGUUCAGGGUUUUUUUCCCCCAUACUACAAAGGUGCCAUUUAUAAGCCUCUUCAAUUGGAAACAUUGGAAUCCCUAAAUGUUACUUAUAUUAUAUAUACGUUUCAAAUCAAAGUUGGAUGAAUUCAUUGUUUAAUAAGGCAUUCACCAAGGUGAAUGUUUAAAUAAUUUGUUUGCAACUUUGGUGUAAUAUAAAAAUUGUAUUUGAUUUUGGUUUUGUGUCUGACAUUGUAAUUUACUUACUUUCAUGUUAAAUAUUUGUUUAAUUUAUUCUGUCUUAACAUUCAGUAAAGUAGAAAAUGUUUAGUUACAUUAUUGUUCAGUUACAGCAUUAUAUAAUGUAGUGUACUUAGCUUGUAGUGAUCCAGGCUUAAGAUAGUGUACAUGUUCUUAUUAAAUGUAGUUGUUCCUCUCCCUUAAUUUGACACACAAGAGUCCUUCAUUGCUUUGGGUUCAAAUCUCACCAAGGACUUGCCCAUUCUUUCUUGUGAGGAAGCUAUCCAUCUAGCUUAAGGAACAUCUUGUUUUUACUGAGGUGCCUGGAGAGUGACGUGGGGUCUUUCUCCACCAAUAAACUGGAAAGUCGCCAUAAGAUCUAAACAGUGUUUUGCAGAUUUGUAAAUUUCAUUUUUAAGAGUUACAUGUUCAAUGUAAUCAAUAUUUUAGUUAUUGCCUGAGGUGAGAUCUUUCAAGAUUUACCUUUUAAUUCAUGCAGUGACUGCACAAUAAGGCCUCAAUCUGAGAUGUAUAUACAAUUGAUUCAUUAAAUUAAACGUUUCUAAAAUUUGCUGUGUUUUCUGUUGCAAACUUGUCAUAUGAAUAUAUGUUACAAAUAUCCUUUUCUUUUAAUUUUACAUGAACAAUGUUCAUUACUUUUUACUUUGUUCAUUACUUUUUUGGAUUUUCUAAUUUUAAAUUUAUUUCACAUUGAACAUCUGUAUGGUUCAUAUGUAAAUGAGUAUUAUCUAUGUCACUAGUCAAUAUUUUAUAUUAAGAUUUGUUUUCUAUAAUUUGUUAUUGGUGAAUAAAUAAAUCAUUGAUAUUUUU